AUGAACAUCAGAGAAAUGGCAUCUUCCUCAGAAGAUGAAGAUGACACUUCAGUUAGUACUCCACCAGCAGAUGGUCCCUCUAAACCAGCGGAAAGAAAAGAUUCAGUAUGGUCUGUUGGAGAAGGAGCUCCAGAAGAGACGGAAAAGCACGACGACUCCCAGAGAUCCACUUUAUUCAUCGAGAAACCCCAGAGUGGUUCAGUGAGUGUUGGCGAGAAUAUUACAUUUAUAGCCAAAGUAGAAGCCAAAGAUCUUCUGCGAAAGCCAAAUGUUAAGUGGUUUAAAGGGAAAUGGAUGGACCUGGCCAGUAAAGCGGGGAAGCACCUGCAGCUGAAAGAGUCAUUUGAGCGUCACACAAAGAUUCACACGUUUGAGAUGCAUAUCAUUCAAGCUAAAGAAAACUUUGCAGGGAACUACCGCUGUGAAGUAACUUAUAAGGACAAGUUUGAUAGCUGCACUUUUGACCUUGAAGUCACCGAAUCUUCUCAGGCUGCUCCAUCUAUUGACAUCAGAUCUGCCUUCAAAAGAAGCGGUGAUGGACAAGACGAUGCAGGAGAACUUGACUUUAGUGGUCUCCUGAAACGUAGGGAGAUUAAACAGCAAGAGGAAGAACCUGAAGUAGAUGUGUGGGAGCUCCUGAAGAAUGCUAACCCCAGUGAAUAUGAGAAGAUUGCCUUUCAGUAUGGUAUCACUGACCUGAGGGGCAUGUUGAAGCGUCUGAAGCGCAUGCGCAGGGAAGUGAAGAAGAGCGCAGCUUUUUCCAAAGGUCUUGAUCCUGCAUAUCAGGUGGAUAAAGGGGGUAAAGUAAGGUUCAUGGUGGAGCUGGCAGAUCCAACAGUGGAACUCAAGUGGUAUAAAAAUGGCCAAGAAAUACGACCAAGUGCAAAAUACAUUUUUGAGCACAAAGGUAACCAGCGGAUUUUAUUCAUCAAUAACUGUACACUGACAGAUGACGCUCGCUAUUAUGUAACAGCUGGUGAUGAAAAAUGCUCCACAGAACUGUUUGUGAGAGAUCCUCCAAUUUUGGUGACCAAAGGCCUUGAGGAUACCAAAACCUAUAUCGGUGAACGAGUAGAACUGAGCUGUGAAGUGUCUGAGGAUGAUGCAAAUGUGAAAUGGUUUAAGAAUGGUGUGGAAAUCACCAAUGAACCUAAAUCUCGAUAUCGAAUCAAGGUUGAGGGUAAAAAGCACACUUUGAUCAUAGAAGAAGCUGCAAAGAAUGACAACGCAACUUACUCAGUAAUGACAACUGGAGGCCAAUCAGAGGCUAAGCUUUCUGUUGAUUUGAGACCACUGAAGAUAUCACUUGCAUUAGAAGACCAGACUGUGAGGCUUGGACAGGAAAUUCACCUGAAGUGUGAGAUAUCUGAGAAUGUGGAAGGGAAAUGGUACAAAAACGGGCAACUGGUUGAAGCUAGUGACCGCGUAAAGAUUUAUCACAAAGGAAGAAUCCACAGAUUUAUUAUAGCAAGCUCUGUUGUUGAUGAUGAGGGUGAAUAUAUGUUUGUACCAGAUGCCUAUAAUAUUAAUAUUCCGUGCAAAGUACAUGUUGUAGAUCCUCCUAGACUACACCUGGAUGGUCUUGGGGAAGAUAACACUGUGACAGUAGUGGCAGGAAGCAAACUGCGACUUGAGAUCCCCAUUACUGGCGAGCCAACGCCAAAAGUCAUGUGGAGUAAAGGGGACAAGUGGAUCACAGACAGUGGAAGAAUACGGGCAGAAACAUAUCCAGAUAGCAGCUGUUUGGUCAUUGAUACAGCUGAGAGGGAGGAUUCAGGCCCUUUCAGAAUAACAUUAAAGAAUGAGGCUGGAGAGGACACAGCUCUAAUCAACAUCAAAGUGGUUGAUGUCCCUGACCCUCCUCAGGCACCAAAUGUGACUGAGGUGGGUGAAGACUGGUGUGUUAUGACCUGGGAACCUCCAGCAAAUGACGGUGGAUCACCUAUCUUAGGAUAUUUCAUUGAAAGGAAAAAGAAACAAAGCUCCAGGUGGAUGAGGCUGAAUUUUGAACUGUGUAAAGAAACAACUUUUGAGCCAAAGAAGAUGAUUGAAGGUGUUGCCUAUGAGGUCCGUGUAUUUGCUGUUAAUGCAAUAGGAAUUUCCAAGCCAAGUUUGCCUUCAAAGGCCUUUGUUCCUUUAGCUGUUACCAGUCCACCAACUCUCCUGGCAGUCGAUGGAGUAACUGAUACCUCAGUUACAAUGAAGUGGAGGCCACCAGACCACAUUGGAGCAGCGGGUUUAGAUGGCUAUGUUGUAGAAUACUGCUUUGAAGGAAAUGGAUUCUCACAAGGUAUAUCGACAGAUCUGUGCGAUGAAAUGGUGGAGCCACCUUAUAACCUGGAAGCGGAUGAAUGGAUCGUGGCUAACCCAGAAUUGACAGACAAAACGAAGUUUACCAUCACUGGCCUGCCGACUGGCUCAAAAAUCCUUGUGAGAGUAAAAGCUGUGAAUGCUGCUGGUGCAAGUGAGCCUAGGUACCACCCCCAGCCUAUUUUAGUCAAGGAAGUGAUAGAACCUCCGAAGAUUCGUCUACCAAGACACUUAAAACAAACCUAUACUCGGAGAGUUGGAGAAACUGUGAAUCUCGUUAUUCCUUUCCAGGGAAAACCAAGGGCGAAAGUAUCAUGGAAGAAAAAUGGUGCUCCAGUAGACAAGAACCAAAUCAACAUCCGCAACACUGAAAAUGACACUAUCAUCUUUAUCCGAAAGGCAGAAAGGAGCCAUUCUGGAAAAUAUGACAUGCAAGUGAAAGUAGAGAACUUGGAGGACAAAGCUACGAUAGACAUUCAAAUUGUUGAUCGCCCAGGCCCACCAGAGGUUGUAGUGAUUGAAGAUGUCUGGGGAGAGAAUGUAAAUCUUUCAUGGAAGCCCCCAAAAGAUGAUGGUAAUGCUGCCAUUACUGGGUACACUAUUCAAAAGGCAGACAAGAAGAGUAUGGAAUGGUUCACGGUGAUUGAGCACUACCACCGUACCAGCGCCACCAUUAAUGAACUUGUCAUAGGAAAUGAGUACUACUUCCGGAUCUUCGCUGAAAACAUGUGCGGCCUCAGCGAGGAUGCAACAAUGACCAAAGAGAGUGCUUUGAUUGCCAAAGACGGUAAAAUCUACAAAUAUCCUGUUUACGAAGAUUUUGAUUUCAGCGAACGACCACUGUUUACUCAGCCAUUAAUUAACACGUUUGCUGUAGCUGGUUACAAUGCUACUUUGAACUGCAGUGUUCGGGGCAACCCCAAGCCCAAAAUAACCUGGAUGAAGAACAAAGUGAUUAUAAUGAAUGACCCAAGAUACCGAAUGUUCAGUAACCAAGGUGUCUGCACCUUGGAGAUCCGCAAACCCAGUCCAUAUGAUGGAGGUACUUAUACCUGCCGAGCAGUCAAUGAACUUGGAGAGGCAGAAGUUGACUGCAAACUGGAAGUAAAAGUGAUAUAUCAUGGAGUAAUUAACCCAGGAGAACCAUUCUUCUUGGCGGGGAAUAAACAGUUACACAGUGGGCUUUCGCUCUUCAGGCUAUUAAUGGACGGAGUGCCUCCACAUAUCAUUGAUUCAUACAUGCGUGAAGUACAGCCAGACAAAACUGAGGGGAAGUGA